GGAGGAGGAGUCUCGGUGUGGAGGAGGUGUCUCCACAGCCUAGCUGAGUGUGGAGCCGCGGUGACCUCCUCCAUAGCGAGUGUCUCCCUUCACCAUCGUUAAAUUUCCACCAAACAAAAACACGCCCACGGGAGGAAGCCAGGCGCUAAUCCGCCGUCGAAGAGCAUCAGAUCGGGUCUUCUUCGUGUUUUCCCCCCUUGGCCCAGGCUGAAGCGGCGCAGCGGCAGCGGCAGCCGGGGCCAGGAGCGACCAGCAUGCAUUCAGACUGCAGGCUGCUAUGGGCAGAGCGGUAAUGGUGGGCAGGGGACCGACAGGGGCCGCGGUGCUCGUCCUGUCCCUGCUCAUCCUUCUCACCGCGGAGCGCUGCCGAGGGCAGAAAGGUGAUGGCUGUGGCCCCAGUGUGCUCGGCCCCAGCAGCGGGACCCUGUCCUCUCUGGGGUAUCCGAGGACGUACCCGGACAACAGUGUGUGUGAGUGGGAGAUCACUGUGCCGCGUGGAAAGAGGAUCCACUUUCGAUUUGCUCUGCUGGACCUACAGGACGGCGACUGCCAGGUCAACUAUCUCCGCCUCUACAAUGGCAUCGGACACGAAAGGAAAGAGAUUGUGAAGUACUGCGGUUCGGGCCAGAAGGUCGAUGAGCUGAUCGAGUCCUCUGGUAACCAGGCGACUGUCCAGUUCAUGAGUGGGAUGCGUGGCACCGGGCGUGGAGUCUACCUGUCCUACUCCACCACUGAACACCCAGAUCUAAUCACUUGCCUCGACAAAGGAUCUGAUUUCCCCGAGGCAGAGUUCAGUAAAUACUGUCCUGCGGGCUGCUUGACAUCUACAGAGCAGAUCUCUGGGACCAUGCCAAACGGCUACAGAGAGUCGUCCCCUUUGUGCGUGGCGGCUGUCCAUGCUGGCGUGGUGUCCAACGCUGCGGGAGGCAAGAUCCAUGUGGUGAGCAGCAAAGGCAUUCUUCACUACGAGGGAACACUGGCUAAUAAUGUCACUUCCACUGGAGGAACUUUAUCAAACAGUCUCUUCACCUUCAAAACAGACGGCUGCUACGGGAGGCUGGGUCUGGAGUCCGGUGGGGUUGCGGACACUCAGCUCAACGCUUCGUCCGUGUUGGACUCCGUGAACAGCACGGGCCAUCGCAGCGCGUGGAGGCAGUCGGGAGCUCGUCUGAAGAAGGCCGGCCUGCCCUGGGCUCCUGCACACAGCGACCGGCAGCAGUGGCUGCAGGUCGAUCUCAAGAAAGAGAAGAGGAUCACAGGCAUCAUCACUACAGGUUCCAACCUGAAGGACUUCAAGGGGUACUUUGUAUCAGCGUACCUGGUUCGGUACAGCAGAGAUGGCAAGGAGUGGCAUUUCUACAGGGAGCCUAACUCUGCACAAGACAAGAUUUUUCAGGGUAACACCGAGUACCAGGAGGAGGUGAGGAAUAACUUCAUUCCUCCAAUUGAGGCUCGUUUUGUGAGGAUCAACCCCACCUCGUGGGGAGAGAGGAUUGCGCUAAAGCUAGAGCUGCUCGGCUGCACCGAUCAUCGAGGUAAAGUGACGUUAAGGACUUUUCCCAAACUGUUCACCCCUUCUGGUUCUACUCCGCCUCCUGGGAAGACGAAGCACCCGCCUCAUCUCAGCGAAACCACGCAAACCCCAGAAAUCAGAAACACGACGAUGCCGCCCCACGCUGGCCAAGACGUGGUGUUGAUAGCAGUCCUGGUGCCGGUGGCGGUCAUGGUCCUCACCGCUCUGAUCUUGACGAUGGCUUUUGCUUGCCACUGGAGGAAUAAGAAAAAGAGCGCAGAGGGAACGUACGACAUUCCCUACUGGGAUCGCACAGUCUGGUGGAAAAGCAUGAAGCAACUGCUGCCCUCCAAGAUGGUGGAGACGGAGGACUCGGUUCGCUACACCACCCCCGAGGUCGGCCGGCUGACGGGAAGAAGCGCCGUACCCAGACUGCAUGCUGAACCUGCAGAGUAUGCCCAACCACUGGUGAGCGGCGUGCCCACAUUAGGAGCCAGAUCAACCUUUAAACCGGACGAAGGGCCGGAACCGGGGUACUCGGACCCAGACCUGUACGACGCGCCCAUCCCACCCGGCGUUUACCACCCCUACGCCGAACCGCUGCCAUCUUCAGGGUCCGAAUACGCCACGCCGAUCGUGGUGGACAUGGGUUGCCACCUGCCCUCAGCGGUGCUUAACAUUGUGGGCUCGGGGCCCACCUCGCUGCUCUCAUGGACAGACAGCAGCCAGUCCGGGGGGUCCAUGUAUGACACGCCUAAAAACGCCAACGGACAAACCACGCCCACCCAGGAUCUGACCUAUCAGGUUCCUCAGAGCAAAACCCAGAAGUCAGCGGGGUAGAAGUGAAGAGUCCAGACGAGCUGGGAGGGUUUCCGAACCUGGCUUUGAGUCUUGAAUGAACACUACCUUUUAGCUUCAGAUUCAGCGGGAGAUGCCUGCAUUUCCUGAACGUUUCUGCGAGGCCACAGACUGCUUGCGUGGCGCCUUUAGAGUCCUAUCACUGAAACUGCGAUGAAUGUGUUGGUGACGGAGAGGAGGAAGCCGACUACUGUUUGAUAAAGACUUUGUCCCCGUUUGUGAUGUGUCCGUCUGUUCUCUUCCGAAGCUGUGAUUUCCACCCGGACGUUUUGGCUUCAUCCAAUCACUGCAUGUUUUCGUAAGUCGCUUACAUUCAGAUCUUUAGGAACCUCGUGUCAUGGUGCGUUGUUGGACCAUGUAAAGCCUCUUUGUGGUACGUCUUAUGUUUUAAAGCAUGACUUGAAAUUGUUAAUAGUUCUUGGAAUUCCAUCACUGCAAUGCUUUUAGCUCGACCGAUUUUUAUCCGAUAUUUAUUUUUAUUUCACAUCCUGCUGACUACAGAGCGGCCCCCACCCAUUUAUUUUUUUAUUUUGUACCCUUCCUGUUAGCGGAUCAAUCUGUUGCACUGUUGUAGCUGAUUUUUUUAUUUUUUUUUUAACAUGACUUCAGUCACAUGAAGUAUUUUACAUUUUGGGGAUAAACUAUCCAGUGAAUUUUACUGUCGGAGACCAAAUGUUGCCUUCUGUGAUCCAAAUCUGUGCCAGAAAUGCAAGUUCAGCCAAAUCACCAUUAAAGCAGUCUUAAUUCAGACGGAGCCGUUUUAAUAUUGUUGCAAGAGGUAGUUUGUCCUGAUUCUUGUUGUUGUUUAGUGUUUUAAAUCGGUGUUACAUCUGUGCUGAAGCAUUCAGAUCAAUUUUUCUCGUCGUCUGUGUGCAUCCGUGUCUGAAUGUGCAUUUUUCCAGUCUGUGUGUUGGUUUUAUUUUAACCAUUUGUGGUUCAAACGUUUAAAUGUUGCACCGGUAAACUGCAUUCCUCUCCUGCACGCCUGUGGCACUGAUCUGAGCAAACACUGGGUGACAGGAGGGCAGAUGGUGGACGAACGUGCAUCAAGCUGCUUCAUGUUUCCACAGACCGGCCGCCUCAGCUGUGCGACGGUGGGCCACUGUCACGCGCUGAUUGUCUGUAAUAACCACAGAGUGAUUUAUGGAGUUUAAAGUUCCCUGCUUGCAUAAGAUAAGAGCUUAUGACUCACUGAUUGGGGGGGCGGAGGAAUAAAAAGCUGUUUUUUUUU